ACUCGAACUCUGAGGCUAAUCUGGUGGGAAACCGGUGCCGGCUUGCCAGUCUUGGGCGGAAGCGCCGAUCCUGAACUCGACGAAGGGUUGCUCGGGAAUAUGAGGCCAACCGUCAGACGAACACUCCCACGUGGACGGGACAAGUGUUCGAGUCUGGAUUGCGGGAGCCCACCGGAAUCCCAACUGUCUGGCCGUAUGUCGUCACGGGAGGCUGUAGCCCUUAGUGAUUCAUGCAUUCAAGCCCGGGCCAGACAUCAGCAUUGUUGCUUGCCUGUUUCGGCUCACUUUUGCGGUCCCUCUUCAUCUGCAAUCAUUUCAGCCUGUUACACCCUCAUACAAUCUCGCAUCUUCUCGACAAAAGUUCACAUUCGUCUGCUGCCGAUACCUCUCGACGAUAAGCCGUCAUACCGCCCAGGAGUUGCAGAUGCUCUAGAUUACUUCCAGCUUCUCUAUCGGGUCAUCCUGACCCAGAGACUAAUCGAUCAACGAAUGAAAUUCCACCUCGUUACCAACACUUGCGUCAAUAAGAGCACUGCUUUGCAGCUGAAUGGUCAUAGGUUGACUGCCGUUUGGAGCAUUCCUCGUUGGGCAGGAUGCAUCAUGUGA